AUGUUCACCUUUACCCCUCUUCUCGGCGCACAGUCUGCGUCAUCAAAGGCUUCACAAUCGAUCCUCGAGCUUGAUGGAGGAAUCAAGAUCCUUGUGGACGUCGGUUGGGAUGACACCUUCGAUCCUCUCGACCUGCAGGAACUCGAAAAACAUGUCCCGACCUUGUCGCUCAUUCUUCUAACCCACGCUACACCCGCUCAUAUUGGUGCCUUUGCCCAUUGUUGCAAGACCUUCCCUCUCUUCACGCAAAUUCCCGUCUACGCUACGAGUCCCGUCAUUGCGCUCGGUCGCACGUUGCUACAGGAUUUAUACGCCUCUUCUCCGCUGGCCGCAACAUUCUUACCCAAGGCCACCGAAGCUACUCAUGCCGGGCGCAUCCUCCUCCAACCUCCUACCGCCGAAGAAAUCGCCCGGUACUUCUCUUUGAUACACCCGUUGAAAUACUCACAACCACACCAACCGCUUCCGUCACCAUUCUCCCCGCCCUUGAACGGCCUUACGCUGACCGCAUACAAUGCUGGACACACCGUUGGUGGUACGAUAUGGCAUAUACAACAUGGCAUGGAGUCAAUUGUCUACGCGGUCGACUGGAACCAAGCUCGAGAAAGCGUUGUCGCGGGCGCUGCCUGGUUUGGAGGCUCCGGUGCCAGUGGAACGGAGGUCAUCGAGCAGCUGCGCAAACCUACGGCGCUGGUAUGCAGUACUAGGGGAGGUGAACGCUUCGCGCUGCCCGGAGGCAGGAAGAAGCGGGAUGACUUGCUGCUGGACAUGAUCCGGAGCACCAUCGCCAAGGGUGGCACAGUGCUGAUUCCUACGGAUACCAGCGCUCGCGUGCUGGAGCUGGCUUAUGCGCUGGAACAUGCCUGGCGCGAUGCGGCAGGCUCUGGCCAGGGCGAUGAUGUACUGAAAGGAGCCGGGCUAUACCUGGCCGGUCGGAAAGCUAAUACUACGAUGCGACUGGCAAGGAGUAUGUUGGAGUGGAUGGACGAAAAUAUCGUGCGAGAGUUUGAGGCUGCUGAGGAAGGAAAGGGCGUGGGACCUUUUACGUUCAAGCAUCUCCGAAUUUUGGAACGCAAGAAGCGAUUAGAGAAGAUCCUGUCCGACCAAAAGCCCAAGGUAAUUCUGGCUUCCGAUACGUCGCUGGAUUGGGGAUUCGCGAAGGACUCUCUACGUCUGGUGGCGGAAGGUGCCAACAACCUACUGCUCUUGACGGAGCCUCUGCACAAGGAGAGGAUCACGGAGGGCCAGGAGAGCACCCACAGGAAGACACUCGGCAGUAUGAUCUGGCAGUGGUAUGAAGAACGAAAGGAUGGCGUUGCUCUGGAAAAGGCAUCGGACGGCGAGAUGCUGGAGCAGGAAAACCUUGAUAAUGCCGCCGACGCGCUCGACGACCGGUCAAGCUCUACAUCAGAAGACUCGGAGACGGAACAACAGGGCCGCGUCCUGAAUUUCUCCACCUCGUUAGCACACUCCAACCGCAACAAACUCGGCCUCAGCGAUGAAGACCUUGGCGUCAACAUUCUUCUACGGCGUAAGAAUGUCUACGACUACGAUGUACGAGGCAAGAAAGGUCGCGAGCGCAUGUUUCCGUAUGUGGCACCCCGAAAAAAGGGGGACGAGUUUGGCGAGUUCAUCCGGCCUGAGGACACUGCUGACGAACUGAGCCUCGCCGAAGAUGGCGAGGUGGAUGCCGCGGUAUCUUCGGAGGAUGAGGUGGAGGGACAGAGCUUUGAGGGGCCAGCGAAGGCAGUAUACGAGAAGGCUACGCUGACCAUAAAUGCUCGGCUGGCAUACGUGGACUUUACGGGACUACACGACAAGCGCAGUCUGGAGAUGCUCAUCCCGCUCAUCCAGCCCCGGAAGCUGAUCCUGGUUGGGGGUAUGAAACAGGAGACGACCGCGUUGGCGACCGAAUGCCAGAAGCUCCUGGCAGCCAAAUCCGGAAUGGACGUUUCGGCCGCAGACUCGGCAGUCAUCUUCACGCCGGUCAACGGCGAGGUUGUUGACGCCAGCGUCGACACCAACGCAUGGAUGGUCAAGCUGAGCAACAACUUGGUCCGGCGUUUGAAGUGGCAGCACGUACGCAGCCUGGGAGUGGUCACGCUCACGGCGCAGUUGCGGGGGCCGGAACAGGCCGUCCUGGAGGACUCCACGGAAGAGAACCCCAGCAAGAAGCCAAAGCUGUUGGAAGAGGAGAAGAAGGAAGAAGGAGGUAGCACCGAGGUCGCGACGAACGCACCACCAGAGGGGGCCAAACCAUCAGCUGACAAGUCUGAGGUGUACCCACUGCUGGAUGUGCUGCCGGUCAACAUGGCGGCGGGAACGCGAUCCAUGACCCGGCCGCUCCAUGUGGGCGACCUGCGGCUGGCAGAUUUGCGCAAGAUCAUGCAAGGGGCCGGACACACGGCGGAAUUCAGGGGCGAGGGAACGCUCCUUAUCGAUGGGAUGGUGGCAGUGCGGAAGUCGGCGACGGGGCGGAUUGAGAUUGAAGCAUCGGCGCAGUCUGCGGCGGCGACGAACCUGGGACGAGGAGGAGGGAGCUUCUUGGCUGUGAAGCAGAAGAUUUAUGAAGGAUUGGCUGUUGUGUCGGGGAGUUAG